CAUCCCCGCAUCCCUGCAUCCCCGCAUCCCCGCAUCCUCGCAUCCCCGCAUCCUCGGGGUUUUCUCUCACUCCCGGGGACCUCACACUGAGUGCUCCACCCCAGGUCUCCUUGGGGAUUUGUCCUUGACAACCUUACAGUCUGGGAAUUGGGGCACUUCCUUUUUAAGAAUGCAGGCUCUGCAGGAAAACGGCGGCGUCUUGUUCGGACCUGUGCCCUAAAUGCUUGGCAUAGUUCCUGUCCAUGAUUGCUGGUAAAUAGUCACCAAAUGGAUAACUGUUUCUUCUCCUGUGUUGCAGGUCACCUAGACCCCACUCCACUCGGCGGGAGAGCGGGAGACUGUCCCGGGCAGGGCAGGCGGACAGGAGGAGGGACAUGGAUGGAUGUUGAAGCGCGGGGCGGACAGCAUCUGAGAGCGCCGGGGACGGCGGCACCGCCAGGGCGCGUCUCCCAUGCAGCUGAGGAAGAUGCAGGCCGUCAAGAAGGAGCAGGCCUCGCUGGACCCCGGCUGCAGCGCGGACAAGGUGGUGGUGCUCAGUUCGGCCUUAACUGACGUCUCCGAAGACUUGUCCACAGGAGAGGAGCUGCUCCUGGGUGAAGGGGGUGUGGGCAAAGGCAAGGCCUCCGCGUGCCGGCGGAAGCGGGAGUUCAUCCCCGAUGAGAAGAAAGACGCCAUGUAUUGGGAGAAGAGGCGGAAGAACAACGAAGCUGCCAAGAGGUCCCGGGAGAAGCGCCGGCUGAAUGACCUUGUGCUGGAGAACAAACUAAUUGCGCUGGGAGAAGAAAACGCCACUUUGAAAGCUGAACUGCUUUCCCUAAAAUUGAAGUUUGGUUUAAUUAGCUCCACAGCAUAUGCCCAAGAGAUCCAGAAGCUCAGGAAUUCCGCGGCCGUCUACUUCCAAGACUACCCGGCCGCGGCGCCCGGCGGGGGCAAGCUGCAGGCCAUCAAGCAGGAGCCGGUGGAACUGGAGGGCUAUGCCCGAGAGCCCCGGGACGACCCCGGCGCCUACCGGGCGGCCGUGUAUCAGAACUACGUGGGCAGCUCUUUCCCUGCCUACUCACACUCCCCGCCUCUCCUGCCGGCCAGCCGGUCCUCCAGCAACUCCCCGAGAACGUCGGAAACCGAUGAUGGUGCCGUGGGAAAGUCCUCGGACGGAGAAGAUGAGCAGCAGGUUCCCAAAGGCCCGAUCCACUCGCCCCUCGAGCUGCAGCAUGGACAUGCCACGGUGGUUAAAGUCCCGGAAGCGAACUCCUCUGCUUUGCCACACAAGCUCCGCAUUAAAGCCAAAGCCAUGCAGAUCAAAGUAGAGGCGCUCGACACUGACUUUGAGGCCACUCACAAACUUCCCUCGCCCGUUGGCACGACGGCCAAGAGGCAUUUCGGACUGGAGAAGCUCGGUGCCCCAAGUGCGGGCCAUCCCCCCCUCACGCCUUUUUCAGUGCAGGUGACUAACAUCCAAGACUGGUCUCUCCGGUCGGAACACUGGCAUCAGAAAGAACUUAUGGGCAAAACUCAGAACAGUUUCAAGACUGGAGUUGCUGAAAUGAAAGACAAUGGCUACAAAGUGUCCGACCCAGAGAACUUGUUUUUGAAGCAGGGCAUAGCAAACCUAUCUGCAGAGGUGGUCUCGCUUAAGAGACUUAUAGCCACACACCAGAUCUCUGCUUCCGACUCGGGGUGAAUUACUACUGACCAGCCUCUCCCGGGGAGGCGUCCCGGCCGCCAUGCGUGCGUUCUGUAUCAGGCUGUUUCCCUGGACCUGUGAUGUCAUUUCACUGUACUGUUCACACGUUGUCUGUCAGGUCUCUUUUUCUGCACAAAUUAUUAUGAAGAUUAGAUUGUGUUAUCACCCUGCCUUGUGUAUAGUCAAAUAGUCCAUGAAAAGACUGUAUAUACUGAACAUUAUUUUUUUUGUUCUAUUAGAAAGUGUGGAAGUUACCAGUUUCAAUAAAGGAUUGGUGACAAACACAGAA